GCAUUCUUUUUAUAUAAGCAUGGCGUAGUAAACAGAAGACAGACGUAUCACUUUAUGUCGUCUGCUUCCUCUUUAAUACUGAUCUAAUUUAUUUAUAUUCUGUAAUAAUAAUUUAAUUUUUAUUUUUACCAUAAUCAUCGGAAAAUAAUAUAAUUUAUAUAUUUCAACGUAUUAUAUAAAAGUAUCAUGGUUAUUAAUAAGACUGAAACUCAAUCAAUUGAUAUCUUAGAUACAAUUGAGCAAAAGUUAAAAAAGAUUGGCUGCCUUGAAUUACAUUAUCAAGUUCAGGAAUGUAUGGCUGAAACACGAGAUUGGAGAAAAUGUCAGGAUCAUGUAAAAAGGUUUAGAGUGUGUAUGGAAGAGCAUCAACAAAAGCAAGAAUAAGUUU